AUGAACCCUCUAGAUGGUUUGGCCUGCGCUACGCGUUUGCAGCAACAAAGCCAGACAAAGAUCUGGAACUGGAACUGGAUAACGACAAACACCAUCAUCGAUUCACCCAAUCCGACACUCGAUUACCCCAAUGCUCAGCUCUACUCUUCGACUUUCCCGAACCGGGACGAAUCGCUCUACCACCAAUUCCCAGAUGUGCCAAAUGAUGUGGUUACAUUUCUCGAGGCUGAAGACCCGAUUUCAGCAUCCGACCAAGUUUUCGUCGAUGUAUUCGAUGUCUCAACAAGUACUCUGAGUUCAUCUUCAAUUCAUCGGCCGGACCUUCUGGCAUCUGAAUGUGAGAUUGCCGAUAUCGGUUGGGAACCUAUCACUGUUUCUUCCUCCUCCUCCUUCUCCUCUUCUUCUCUGCUGGACGAAUCUCUUGACCAGGGCGGUACCGCUCCUGUUCAUCCUAUUGAAGCGCAGCGUGACGGCUUCGCUAUAUCUCUUGAAAACGACUUAGCAAAAACUGCGAACCAGAAAUUCAUCGCUGAUGACUUAGUCCAGGUCUAUCGUAAUAGCCUGGAAAAUGCACUCGGUUGUUGGCUCGUCGAAGAACAUUGCCCCUAUCAACGAACUGCCCGAGCGAAGCUACUGAACUAUGGCCAAAGUUCAGCUGCACACCCCACUUAUCUACAACGUGUGUACGAGCUAGACCAUAUAUCGCAACCUUUGCGGCCGGAGAGAGUGUCAGUGGAGGAUAAUGCGCUAACCUCAAAGGCUCUCAAGCUUGUCAUCAUGUCUUUUGCGAGUCAGUGGACACACGGUAUCGCACCUGCGACUCGAAAAGCCGGCAAAGAUGUUGCUGGAUUUGAAGACGAUGAAUUUUUACGUGGAUUUGAGGGUUUGAUGCAGCAAAGCCUAUGGCAUGAAGCACAGAGAUACAUCAAAGCAUGCGCACACAUCAAUUGCUUCAAAUCAAUUUUCGCGCAAAUAGUCUUCUCUCUUGUUCAGCCCCCUACGCUUUCCGUGUACGAGAAUACCGCUUUACACCGUGCGCCGUCUACCUCGCCUGCACUCGGGUCUACCUAUCCAAUAUCCAACAUCGUUAUAAGAGACGGCUCAAUUUCAAGUUUAGAUAACACCAUGCACUCUUCCGCCACCAGCACUGCAAGUUCUAACAUUCAGGAGCGGCUUGGCUACCUCCAUCAAGCGCUUCGAAGUCUCUUGAAAUGGCGUAAAACUCUACAUCCUUGGUUCGUUGGACGCGAUGUUGGUGGACAAGGAAUUCAACGUGCAGAGUGUAUGGCUUCUCGUCGUGCGGCUCUACAGAUCCAGGGUAGUUUUAAUGUGUUAUUUUGGUUCGGACUGAUGUGUGAUACCACUUCUUCGGUACUCAACAACCACCCGCUCAUGAUUGCUGACCGCGAGUCUUGUGCUGUUCAGCAUGUUGCUCCAACCUCCAAACCACUACGCGAUAUACUGCAACCUUCCACAACGAUGGGAGACAGUAUUGGAACCGAUUACAGUUCAUCCACCAACCACGACUAUACUGAACAACUAGAUGCCGAGCUCAUCGACAUAUGGGAUCUAGCCAUGAUGAGCUGGCGUCAUGGUUUAUCACUUGAGGCUGGUGCUGGAGCUGUGCUUCAAGAGGCAAUUCCUACAAAAGUACUGCUUUGGCGCAGAUUAGGCGCACUUAGAUCUCUCAUCAGAGGAGUCACUAGUUCAGCCGUUGUCGAGCAAACUAUCUCGGUGACGUUGGAGGUUGCAGACUUCUGGAAGAUCACAUACGGACCACUUAUUGAUGAGUGUGUCAGGACCCAUCAUCAGCUGUCAUUCAAAAUACAGUCCUGGUACGUCAUACUAGCUAUUCAUUUCCAUUUGGCAUGCCUAUUCGUAGCCGAUUGCAUUGAGCAGGCAGAUGGCAAUUAUCAAUCCUGUGCUGAGCAACGAUCUUUGCGUCUGACAACUUCGAAAAGCCUGGAAAUGAUCAAAUCCAGCGCUUACACCAUCACCAACAUUGCAGCGGUUUGUCUUUCAUUGCCUGAAAAGAGCCACGGCGAACAAGCGUCCUAUAGCUUUGACAGAGAUUGCGAAUCUACCAACAGAGGCACGGCAUUGCUAAGUGAACCAUGGACUGAGGUUCUUAUCGAAGCGUUUUCGAAGACUUUCCAGACUCUAUUCAAUUGGUCAAUCUCCCGUGAUCCAACGCUAAGCCCUAUGUACAGUCCUAUUCAGCUCGAGUGGUUGAUGACCAACACAAAUAGUCGAGAUUUAGUGGCCAGGUGUCUGGUUUGUGCUGAGGCUCUCGAGCUCCUGGGCCACAAAUCAAAUCAUGCUUUACGUGUCGCGCGUUCAAUGAGAACUCAAUUGACGGAUUCAGUCGACUUACCAACACUGGUAUGA